AUGGAUGACUCACUUUCUCUUUUCUCCAAGCAGGCAAACCUAACCAAUCGAAGGCAAGAACUAGGAAAGCGGAAACCAAGCAUCAUGGGCUCGCUCAAUAAUACCUUUGCACAGAGCCAGAGAAGUUUCUUCCAUGAAAAUUUAGAAAUUAGAGUCUUCUCUAUCUUCACAGCGGUGGUCUGCAUUUUUGGACUAGUGGGGAAUGCAAUCGUCAUUUGGCUUCUUGGCUUCGGCAUGAAGAAAAAUCCUUUCACCACCUACAUCCUAAACUUGGCUGUCAGUGACUUCGGAGUCCUGCUGUCCUUUCUAUCUAUUAUACCUUUAUUUAUCACAGAAAACUUUUUUUCAAAGACUGUUCUUUAUUGCAUCUCUACUGAGCUUUUCCAGUUCACCUACAGCACUAGUCAGUUUCUACUGACAGCCAUCAGUAUGGACCGGUGUGUGGCUCUGCUCUUCCCAGUUUGGUAUCGAUUCCACCGACGGCGGAGUUCGCCUACCCUUGUCUGUGCUCUAAUGUGGUUCCUCUCCUUGCUGAUCACUGCAGUUUUGUGUAUUUUUAACUGCACUGAGAUAAUUCGCUCCAAUUUUCGAGUGCACUAUCAGUUGAUGGUGAAUGCCGUGCUUUGCCCUCCACUCAUGAUUAUCUCCUCUCUGAUCCUAUUCGUCAAGGUCUGUGUUACGUCGCAACAGCAUUUGCACAGAAAAGUAUUGAUGGUCCUCCUUCUUUCUCUCCUUUUCUUUCUCCUUUUUGCUUUACCGCUGAAUGUCCUUUACAUCGUUCAUGACCUUUGCGGCUAUCCUUCAUAUGUAGAAUAUUGUGGAUUCCUCUUUGCUUGUCUAAAUAGCAGCAUUAACCCAAUAAUUUAUUUUCUCGUUGGGAGGCAAAGGAAUUGUCAGUCUAAUAAAAGCAUGAAGGUCAUCCUUCAGAGGAUUUUCGGGGAGGAAGAACAUCAGGAGAAAGAAACGGUGUCAACGCUUCAAACCCAGAUGUGA